ACUGUUUAAUGGAUCAUUGUGAAUUAUAGUUUGUGCAUUAUUAACUAUGGCAAAUUAUUAAAGUUGAGACAGGUAAGGUUUUUCUCAGCCUCCUCAAUUAUGGUAAUUAUAAAUGUCAUUUUUGUCAAACAGAUACCAUUUAAAAUUUGUUUUUUUGUUUUUUUUUUAAGAACAGAAAUAUACUAUCCUUUUUUCCUGUUUGUUUGAAUUGAACAGGUUUGUUGUAUGCAUAUGGAAAAUACAGAGAUAGAGACAAAAUAUAUUCUCUGAAUUGUAGCUCUAAAUAGUUUAGCCAAUUUUGUGAUAUGCUGUACAUGUGGAAGGUUUGUGUGUGCUUUAAAUAGCAGGUAUAUGUUCUCUUAGUACAUUUGUUUAACAUUUUAGAAUACAGCAGGUGUGUUUUAAUGUUGGAGAACAUAGAAGGCAUGCAAUAACUUGCAUGGCAACAUUUUACCUGGGAUUACACUAUCAAACUUAAAAGGUCUAGAACUUGUAGGAUAGUCUAUCAUUCAUUACUGUCUCUUUACCUGUGUUGUUCUAAAAACUUAAAAGAUUAACCUGCCUUCAGUGUUUUAAGGGCCUGAGCAUCUCACAUCAGUGCCUUUUAUGUUUUUUUUCCCCCACAUGGUGGUAUCUAUCUGAAUACCUAAACAUUUAUUAUUUGCCCCCGAAGCAGUCAUAUAGUGCUUUGACCUCUUUCAAAUAGCCACAGCCCAGGAAAGCUUCUGUAAUGAGUUCCACUUCAGUACUUAGCUUCUAAGGUCGGGUCACGUGGUCAUUAAAUGCACUAGGGGCCGUCUUUAGCUCUGCACAGCCUGAGCGCAUUGCAUCCGAUCUGUGCCGGUCCGAGGGGUCAGAUGUGACCCCCGAUAGACUCAGAGACUGGGGGCAAAUUACAGAAGGCAUAAGAAAUUAAGCACAUGGAGUCUAGUCAUGGUCAGGGAUGACUUCGAUAAGACAUACCAGCACAUAGAAGGAGCUGUCACCGGGGAAUCCACGGAUGUUGCCUGCAGCACAACUGCAGAUGCGCGCGUAAGGAGACGUCCAUCCACAUCAAGUCUUAACAAGUGAAACCUGGAAUAAAAUGACUGAUAUCGUUUCGGGAAAUAUGGUGUAAAGUACUGCACUCCAGUAGCGCGCAUUCACAUGAACGCCGCUGGGCUCGCGCGACCCUCACACGAGCGCUAUGCGGCUGCGGACAGCUCGCGACAGCAGCGGCUCUCUGGCGUUUGAGGUUCGUCAAAAGCAAGAUCUGCAAGUUGAGCCUCCAGUGCAGAAGAUGACACAGAGUAAAUAAGCUGUCACCUUAAAGGUUAUUCAUUUUCCUGUGCAACAAUUAUGCUGCCAAAAGAGCCACACAGUGAUGGCAAGGCUGCCAAAACCUCCUGCUCUGAACAAAAAGUCAAGGCCAUGAAGGAGGAAAAGAAGGAGGUUGUUUAUGUGGAUCCACCAGAUGGUGGUUGGGGUUGGAUGGUGGUCCUGCAUUGUUUCCUGGUGAACGUGUUGGUAAUGGGUACAUUGAAGAGUUUUGGGAUCUUCUUUGUGGCACUGCAGGAUGAGUUUGGAGGCUCGUCUGAGAGCAUCAGCUGGAUUGGAUCCAUCAUGUCCAGCCUCAGGCUCUCUGGAGGUCCUUUGGCCUCAGUGGCCUGUGCCAAGCUGGGGAACAGAGUUACGUCCAUAGUGGGGGCACUUUUUGUCAGCGUCGGCUUUAUCACCAGCAUAUUUGCCACCAGCGUGAUCUACCUUUACAUUAGCAUGGGGAUAGUUGUUGGUCUCGGCUUUGCUCUUCUUUAUCAGGCCACAUCUGUUGUAACAGUGACCUAUUUCCGAAAGAGGCUGGCAACUGCAUAUUCUAUUGGACGCUCUGGCAUGGGUUUGACCUUUGCCCUCGCUCCUUUCACUCAGCUGCUUUUGGAUCAGUAUGCUUGGCAGGGAGCUCUUUUGAUUUUGGGAGGCCUGAUGCUGAACCUGGUGGCUUCUGGGAUGCUUUUGCGGCCCAUUAAUGUUAGACCUCCAGCUUCUCCCAUGUCAAAUUCCACCCUUCAUAAUGCUGGAUCUGAGAAAGAUCCUCUUAAGGACCAUAUGAAUGGCAACACAUCUAUAUCCAAUGGCACUUCCAAAAUGGACAGCUCACCUCCAAUUCACAGGGACACACUUAUAAUAGAGAACACCGUUCAUGAACAGAAUACUCUCCCACAUCUGGAACUCAAAAAAUCUAUCCAGAAUGGGGUGAACAGUGCAGACGGCAGCCAAAUGAAAACUUCCCCUGAGAUGAAUGGGGUUUCUCCUGUGGAUUCGUUACUUGAGAACAGCAGAACAGAAAAUCUUAAUGAAAACCCCAAAAAAGUGCUGGACUUCUCACUGUUGAAGAACCCUUUCUUUUGCAUCUACACCUGGUCGCUGGUCUUCAGUCAGCUGGCAUAUUUUAUACCCUACUUCCAUUUAUCUGCAAGGGCCCGGAACCUGGGCAUCGACCCUAUGGAUGCUUCCUUCAUCAUUUCUGUGGCUGGUAUAACAGAGACGGUGGCCCAACUUGCAUCUGGCUGGGUGACAGACAGGAAUCUGGUUCACAAGUAUCACUACCACAAGGCCUACCUGAUCCUAUGUGGUGUGGUCAAUCUUCUCUCCCCUCUGGCCAACUCAUACAUCUUGCUCAUGGUCUAUGCUGUCUUCUUUGCCAUCUUCUGUGGGGGGUACAUGGCUCUCCUACUUCCUGUGCUGGUGGACCUGGUGGGCUCUGAAAAGCUGAACAACUCGAUGGGGUUCUCAAUGUUCUUUGUGGGGCUUGGCUGUCUAACAGGUCCUCCUCUGGCAGGCUUCCUGUACGACUACACUCAGACCUACGACUGCUCCUUCUACCUGGCAGGUGUGUGUUAUCUGUUAUCAUCAGUUUCUCUUUUCCUUGAGCCUCUGGCGAGGCGCUGGCAAGCCCGGAAGAAGCGGCUAGAGAAGCUAAACCAAGAACUGAUGUGGAGUAAUGGCUGUUUCUGCCCGGCGCCUCAGAGGAAUGGUGUUGUAUAAUAAAGGACUAAACUCAAAGCCAUUUUACUUUCCACCCUGUCAUGUGGUUCACCCUCUGUGGGCUGAUCGGAAGAGGACCUGACCUGAACAUUUGGCGGGACCACAGCGUGGCAAGCAAAUGAAUGGUCAUUUGAAUGCAGAGACCAAUAAAUGAAUGCUUCAGGACACUACAGUGCAAACUACUUUGUUUUGAGAAUGGAGUUGGUUAAAUUGUUUUAUAUAAAUCUUCUACUCGCUUCUCAGAUCAGCACGAGAACAAAAUGAGGAGCCUUCGUCACCACAUAAGCUUUUAUUUUACAGCACAUGAUAAAUCUGGAUCUUACGACAUUAGAAGGUUACUCAAAUGCUUCCACUGAUAUGAUUGUAAAUUUGUAUCACAAGACAUAAUACUCACUUAGGCAAAUAUACUAGUAGUGAAAUAAGAG